AUGACACUUCAAGUUUACCGCGACCAAAUCCUCGAGCCAGUAGUUGGUCAGUGGAUUCGUGAUGGCCAGUCGUUCGUCCUCGAGGAAGAUAACGACUCUGGACAUGGUACCGGUAAAGUAAACAUCGUUAGGACAUGGAAACGGAAAAACGGCCUGAAUUCGUACUUUAAUUGUGCGCAAAGCCCGGACUUGGCGCCUAUUAAAAGGGCCUGGGCAUGGCCGAAGCGGAAAGUCGUGUCCCAGAGUGUCUGGGAUGACGAGAGUCUACAAACGCUGGCAGAGGAGGGCUGGGCCGAAUUAAAACAGUCUACGAUAAACGGCUGGAUUGACAAGUUUCCAGAGAUACUUAAACAAGUGGCCGAAGACGACGAAUUGGCUGGUAAAAUGUCAGGUUUUUGA